AUGUCUCAAAAGAAUUCCAUCUUGAUUUUCGUCUUCCUGGCUCUAUUGCUUCCUUUAUCCUUGGUCGCUCAUCCGGUCAAACGAGUUAACGGUGAUGUUGCGUAUUCUGCAUUUUCCACACCUAGUGGCUAUAUUCAAUACUCCGAAUCAGCGACAAAGACUACCAUCGUUGGAAAAUGGAAUGACGGAUUUGUAGAUGGCGACUGGGCUAACUACAAAAUCUUGAUUGUGAAGACAACGGCUCCCGCCACAAUUUUGUACGAUUUGACGCCUUUGUUCAAAGGUCCUCCUGCAGUGCUAACUCAAAAUGGCGGAACUGAGGGUUGGAGAUUUGACAUUACCGGACAUUUCCUUCGUACCUGGAAUAAACAGACAAUGAUUGUUAAACACAAUGGUGUUACACUUGGUUCGGCAACUAUUAAUGGCCUUUGGGUGGGCGCUUAA